GAAACAGAAAAGUGUUGUUAUGCUAAUGAUGUGUCAUCAACACACUUGGGUGGAAGCUGCGGAUUAUGGGCCAAAUGAAGCCAGCGGACAGUUAUUAAUUUUUGUCUAAAGGGUUGUGCGAGUUAAAUGUGAAGCAUUGCGCAGUGAACAGAUUGUCAAAAAAAAAAGUUACAAUCGGAGCCGGAAGUGGACAAAAGCAGCGCUGGUCUUCUGGACUGUUAGCAGGGAAGCUAACUGACUCUCUUCCUCGACUUCUUCUCGGUUCCUGACAGGACGGGGGAGGGAUGUCCUGCAGCCUGUACGAGUUUUGUCGGCUCCAAGAGCUCAAAACAGUCCGGGACUACUUGUUCCAGAACCAGGGCAAAGAGUCGGCCGAGGAGAAGAAUCAAACAGCAGAAAACGAGCUUUCCUGGGAUACGUCUGACUGGGAAUCGGGAUGGGAUAAUGGCGAUAACAAGGAGGAGGAAUCUGCUUCAUCCGCAAAGGCGGAGGAGGAGCCGUCAGGGCAGAGCCCACCCUGGCUCCAGGACUGCACCGUGUCCUUGUCGCCCUGCGCCGACCUGCUGGUUGUGGCUCGAGAACAGAAAGCGGCCUUCCUCUCAGCAAAGUGGCGCACGGAUGACGGCGGCAGAGAGGAGAUGACCCUGGCUGUGUCCUGGAGUGGAGCGCUCUGCACAGAGGAAGGAGAAAGGGUCAGCAGUGUCAUUGCGAUCCCCCUGGCCAGCCAGAAGAGGAGUUCCACCGGGCGGCCCGACUGGACGUGCGUAGUCGUCGGCUUCACCUCCGGUUAUGUCCGCUUCUACACAGAGAGCGGGGUCCUGCUCCUGGCCCAGCUGCUGCACGUGGACCCGGUCCUGAGGCUCAAAUGUCGCACCUACGAGAUCCCUCGUCACCCUGGAGUCACUGAGCAGCACGAGGAGCUCAGCAUCCUUUACCCGGCUGCUCUGGUCACCAUCGACGGCUUCAGCCUCUUUCAGUCGCUGCGUGCCUGCAGGAACCAGGUGGCAAGAGCUGCAGCAGCAGGCAGCGACGUGGUCCCGCCUCCUCCCCUGGCGUACAAGAAGUGGGGUCUGCAGGAGAUGGACACCAUCGUGGACCACAGCAGCGUGGGCGUGAUGACGCUGUGUGUGUUUGACCAAAUGAAGAACGCGUCCAUCCUGGGGGGGUUCAACGCAUCAGUCAAGGGGAGCCCCCCCGCCAUGAGCCAGUUUGUGACUGUAGGAUCUGGGCCUUACACAGGAUUUUACUACGCAGUGGAGGGAAACUCUCAGCCUCUCCUGUCCCACGUGGCUCUGGCCGUGGCCAGCAAACUCACCUCGGCCCUCUUCAACGCCGCAAGUGGGUGGUUAGGCUGGAACAAGAACAAGAACGAAGAGGAAGCGGCUCAGAAACAGAAGCCUAAGGUGGAGCCUGCGACCCCCUUAGGGAUCAGAUUCGGUCUGCCAGAUUCCCGGCGCCACGGCGAGUCCAUCUGCCUGUCGCCUUGCAACACGCUCGCAGGAGUGACGGACGACUUUGGUCGAGUGGCGCUGCUGGACCUGAUGAGGGGCGUCACCAUCCGCAUGUGGAAAGGUUACCGAGACGCCCAGCUGGGUUGGCUGCAGGUUCAGGAGGAACGCGGGGAUCGGGAAUUCUCCCCCUCUGCCUCCCUCCCCAGGCGUCACGCUCUCUUCCUCAUCAUCUACGCCCCCCGCAGGGGGAUCCUGGAGGUGUGGGCCAUGCAGCGGGGCCCCCGGGUCGGAGCGUUCACUGUAGGCAAACACUGCAGGCUGCUUUAUGCCGGCUACCAUCUGAUGGGAGUGAACAGUGUGACCAGUCAGGGCUGGCAACUCCACACGCAGCAGGUGUGUCUUCUGGAUCCCACCGCAGGAGCUCUGAGGACCAUCAACAUCCCCUUCCAUCUGGCCCUCAGUGAUAAGAAGAACGAGCGGGCCAGAGACAUGCACCUGCUGAAGAGACUGAGCGCCGUGCUGAAGAGCAGAGACGUGGAUCCUGAGACUCUGGAGAGAGAAGCGAAAGGCGCCCUGUUGGAGAUUAAACACCCGGCCAUUAAGAAGCAGGCUUUGGAGUCUCUGCUUUCAAACAGGAGCGCUCCGGUUUCUUGUCUUACUAACGUCACCAGUGCCUUACACGACGCUUUGCAGCAACAAGACGCAGAGGAGGUGGAGGCGUCGUUACUCCAGCUCUGCUCCUCUCGGUUGAAGCUGCUUCAGCUCUACGCCGACAUCCAGCAGCUGCGCUCUGACGCAAACACUGAAGGCUGCUCCGGAAACCAGGAUUCCCUGGAAGGCGUAGAGGAGGAGUUGGCGCGCGUCGGGCCCACCUUGCAACGCUACGCACGGCUCUGCUCCAAACCCUCGGUCUCUUUUGCCCAGGACUCUCCCGACACGCCGCUGUCCGCUCAGGCCUUCCUCACCCAGCUGGAGUGUGCGGAGGACGGAGAGGUGAAGGUGAAUCGCAGCUCGGAGGCUGAGUGGAACCAGCUAGGGAAUUUUCUGUUUUGGGGGUGUUUAUGUGGUCAAAGUCCCACCCAUAAAGUCUGUGACACCCUACAGCUGGCUGGCCUCCGCCCACAGCAGCUACUGUCUUUGGUAAUGAGUGUGUGGCUGCAAAGGGAGAAGGAGGUGCUUCAGAGGCCAGUGGAAACCGUCAGAAACCUGCACACGCUGCUCAUCGCACUUAGCAACAUGGACGGGGCUGUCGACGAGUCAUGGGAUCCACAGUCUGUCUCCCCCUGGUGGCAGCAGGUUAGACUCACAUGCAUCCAAUCGCACAACGCCGCUGCUGCCUUGCUAGCCGCCUUGGUCGCUCACAGCGCCACCAAGACGAGCAUCACCAGCAGAGCUGACAGCAAGCUGCAUUCAGAGUGGGAGGCGGUGUCCCUGGAGCUGGAGCAGUGGGUGGUGUGCGUCCGUCAGCUGGAGGACGUGCUGGUCCUGCAGACUCUUCUGUUGGUGCCUUCUCCUCAGGGAGCAACGGGGGGCGCUGUAGUCCAGUGCUCCAUCAAAACGCUGCUGGAGGGAGGCACAGGUGGUAUUGCAGACAGCGUUUCCAAGUGGGUGUUCAGGCAGAGCAUGGCGCCGGAGCGACUGAAGGAAAUUCUCCAGAGGAAAGAAACCGGCGACAAAAAGGAGCAGAAAGAGGUUGGAGAUGAAGCCGGAGAGAAGGAGAAGAGUCAGGAGGAGGCAGACGAGACAGCAGAGCUGUUGUUGGCAGUUUGUCAGCGGUUCCCAGAUUCUUUAUCCCCAGACUUGCUCUUCGCCCACUGCAGCUGGGAAUAUGUGGUGCAGUGGAACAAAGACCCAGAGGAGCCCCGAUAUUUAUAUAGCGCUAUGGAGCACUUAAAGGUCAUCUCCAGUCCUCACAUCCAACUAGGCAUUUCCACAAUGAUGUGGAGCACCUUCAUCGUCAAGCGCUUCUCAGCAGCUGCUUUCCUCAUGGAGAAGGUGGGGAAAGCGCCGAAAGAUCGCUUAUGCCGACGGGAUGUCGGGAUGGGAGACAAAGCCAUGACGUCUUUCCUGGGCUGCUGCGUCCAGCUGCUGCAGAUCCUCAUGGAGGUGACUGGAUUAUUGGUUAAGAAUCAGAGCUCUUUGUCUUUUAUACCUUUCUAUGCGGACUCCGCCAUGGAGGAGGUUCCUGCCCCGGAGCUGUCCGUGGAGGAGGCGUGGAGCGGAGCCGAGGGCCCGGCGUCCAUAGCUGAGCUAGCUCUGGAGCAGAGGGGCGUUCACUACCCUCUGGUCCAGCACCACUGGCUGUUGGCGUCGCUCAUGCACGCCGCCAUGAGCUUCAGCGUGAAAGUCAAACCGCUCGGCCUGUUCGACAGCAAGGGUAAGAAUGCUUUCUUCAGAGAUCUGACCACCAUCCAGCUGAUGCCCAGUGGAGACAUGGACCCUGGCUUGAUCUCAGUACGACAAGAGUUCCUCCUCCGGGUGCUGACCGGAUGGGUGCAGGCGAUAGACGACCCGUCCUGCCCGGCCUCGGCGCCGCUGCCCUCCGACGGACCCAAAGCCGACUGGUGGCCCUCCCUGUGCAUAGACCUCGGUUCCCUGCUGCAGGUCAAUCCAGACAUCCUGCGUCGACACCUCGUCUGUGAGCUCUACAACCAGGGCCUCGACCCCCGAGCUGAAGAGGCCAUGCUGCAGGUAGAAGACAAGGAUGUUCUGGGCUCCCAGCUCUUGGUGCUGACCGGUCAGAGGCUCAGCUACUCCCUGCUUCACAACCAGAACCAGACGCACGCUGCCAUGGAGCUGCUGGCCCGCCUGCCUCCAACCCUCUGCACAUGGUUAAAAGCAAUGGAUCCCAGCGAGCUGAGAUGCCCCCUGGUGUCCCUGACCGAGACCAGCCGACUGGUUAGCCGUCUGACUGAAAUGCUGCCGGAAAAUCACGCCCAGUACAGCCUGGCCCUGCACCUCCUGGAAGCUGUGGACGUCCUCUCUCUAUCCGCGGGAGAUUGAUUGUUCUUCGCUAACUCUGCACUAACCCCCCCACCCCCGCUGCUGAGCAUUAGAAAGACCGUUUCAUCAUUCAAAUCACGUCAGUUCUGAUUCAAGUCCAGUGUUAAAUAAAGUGGGUUUUAACUUUUUUUUUUUUUGUUUUAUCAGCCCAUCAGAUUUUUGCGCAUGUAACAUAAGUGGUAUUAAAUAUCUGUGUGUUGUGUUUUCAGGAUGAGUCGUGUUGAGGAAAGGGGCGUGUUUAUUUUUACAAUCUCUUGUUUUCACUAAAGUCAUGCUGUCCUCCAGAGUCACACCGGUCCUUUCUGCUUUCGCACAGGCAAGACAUGUAUCAUAAACAAAGAGAUGGAUGUUAUUUUUUAUUUAUAUAUGCAGACAGUUCUGUAUUAACUGCAUCUGUGCAUCUGAUAUUCUGUAACUUUGAGCUCUGGCAGGGCGCUGAUGCAGAAUAAAGAGAUUUCUCAAA